AUGGUAUUGGCUCGACAGCUCGAUUUCAUACCUCACAAGCUCAACCCUGAAAUACCCACAAACCCCCCCUUCAGAACCCAGCUCAGAUUUGUGGAAGACCCAUCAAAAAUUUUGCAUUCUUGCAACGGUUUGUUAUUGUGUCAAGGCAUUAAUUUAUGCAUAUAUAAUCCUACUACCAAUCAAUUCACUACUCUUCCUUACCCACCUAUUCACCAAGUUCCCAAAUUUAUCAACAAUUGUCGUUACCCUUGUGCUACUAAUUUAGCUUUUGAUCAAUCCAAAUCGCAUCACUACAAAGUUGUGUACAUUUAUUGUUAUUAUGGAUUGUCUGCACACUUUGAUCUUGAGAUCUACUCGUCCGAAACCAGCCUCUGGACGACAUUGGGUAGCCCUUUUCCUAGUGGUCUUAAUUUUAGGAAUGGGGUGUUUUGGAAUGGUGCUCUUCAUUGGAUUGGCUUAUUAAGGGAUGCUGAGUCUUUAUACUUGAACAUUGAGGAACAGCGUUUUGUAACAAUGCCCAAUGUGCCUCCUGUCCCGGAUGGUUGGGACGAGAGGAGGGUAAAGUAUUUAGGGAGCUCUAGUGACCAUUUGCAACUCAUUGAGAUUUAUGGUCCUCCCACUACUCAGUGCAAUGUGUAUGAGAUGGAGAGAGACUACUAUGAAUGGUUAGUGAAGUUUCGUGUUGAUCUUGAUUCAAUUACAAAUGCAUUUCCUGAAAUGAUUUUUAUCACACUUGACGGCGCGUGUGAUUACAAAUUCGUCAUACUUGGUCUUAUUCGGGAAGAGGAGGAGGAUGAUGAUGAGUCAUUUCUAUUGCUGCACUUACCAGGUAAGAUCAUACGCUAUAAUUUUCAGGACAAUAGUUUUAAUAAGCUAUUCAAUCUUCCUUCAAGCCACAAUGAUGAAGAGGGUUUGUUAAUAUUUGAUGGAUUGUCCGAUGCAUUUGAAUACAUUGAGUCUCUGGCUUAUGUUUGA